GGCCAUUUCGACCGAACAGGCGAGCGGACAGGAAGCGGGGGGACCGGAAGCAGGCAGACCAGCUUAAGGGGAAAAAAACAACAUAAAAACAACAUAAAUAAGCAAAACAACAAAAUCUAAGAUGAGUGAGACCGCAAUUUCGUUUGCCAAGGAUUUUUUGGCCGGAGGCAUCGCUGCUGCCAUCUCGAAGACUGCUGUCGCUCCCAUUGAGAGAGUCAAACUGCUCCUUCAGGUCCAACAUGCCAGCAAGCAGAUCACGGUCGAUAAGCAGUACAAGGGCAUUAUGGACUGUGUGGUGCGUAUCCCCAAGGAACAAGGCUUCGUGUCAUUCUGGAGAGGCAACCUGGCCAACGUGAUCCGGUACUUCCCUACGCAGGCCCUCAACUUCGCCUUCAAGGACAAGUACAAGCAGAUCUUCCUCGAUGGCGUGGACAAGCGCAAGCAGUUCUGGCGCUACUUUGCCGGAAACCUGGCGUCCGGAGGUGCUGCAGGUGCCACCUCACUCUGCUUUGUCUACCCUCUCGAUUUCGCCCGAACCCGUCUGGCUGCCGAUGUGGGAAAAGCUGGCGCAGAGAGAGAGUUCUCCGGUCUUGGAAACUGCCUGGCAAAGGUGUUCAAGUCUGAUGGCCUCAAGGGGCUGUACCAGGGCUUCAACGUGUCCGUGCAGGGAAUCAUCAUCUACAGAGCAGCAUACUUCGGCAUCUACGACACCGCCAAGGGUAUGAUGCCUGAUCCCAAGAACACCCACAUUGUCGUGAGCUGGAUGAUCGCUCAGACCGUAACCGCCGUCGCUGGCCUCACGUCCUACCCAUUCGACACGGUCAGGCGUCGUAUGAUGAUGCAGUCUGGCCGCAAAGGAGCUGACAUCAUGUACACCGGCACCAUCGACUGCUGGAAGAAGAUCGCACGUGACGAAGGGUCAAAGGCCUUUUUCAAGGGUGCUUGGUCCAACGUGCUCCGUGGCAUGGGAGGCGCCUUCGUUCUUGUCCUGUACGACGAGCUCAAGAAAUACAUGUAAACGUCUCCCGCUUGUCAGUCAUCUUUUUUUAUAAUGUAAAGUUCAUGACAAAACGAGGAGAACAAAAGGGGGGGGAGCUGAAACGGUUAAAUCAUUCAACACACAACCUGUUCUUCUGGCUGGACUCUUACGCCUCGUCAGUGAGGCCCGAUUAGUAUCGCUCCUGCUGCUGGUUCUGAUUCAUGCAGAGAUGGUGUUUAUUUAAAUGGUGUGUGUGUGUGUGUGAGAGAGAGAGAGAGAGAGCGCCAUUCUCUUAGUUUGUUUAUCAUUUUAUUUCUCCCAGUCCACAACACUCGUUCUCAAUCCUCAUUCCUUCACGUGGGAAAGUCCUGAAUAUUUUCUCCCUGUUCUCCACUCCUUCAGUUUUUAAAACUUGACUUGAAUAAAUUCAACCUACUGAAAA